AUGGUAAGAUGGUAUCUGACAACGGCAGCGGCUUGUGGCGUCUCACACCCGUUCUGCGCCGUGUCUCAUCACGCCGUGGCUCAGCACAGUCUCAGAAGCAAGACGCUCCUCGUCUACUACCCGCUCUGCCACUGGGUGUGGGGCGGCGGCUGGCUGGCCCGGCUCGGCGUGUGCGACUUUGCGGGCGGCAUCGUCAUCCACACCUCCGCCGGAGUCGCCUCGCUCGUGACGGCGCUUCGGCUCGGACCGCGCGUGGGCUUUGCCGGCCUUGCCUCCCACUCGCUCGCUCCUCACAAUUUGCCGAUGGCCGCCACGGGCGCCGGGCUGCUGUGGGUUGGCUGGUUCGCCUUCAACGGGGGCAGCGCGCUCGCGGUGGGCAGCCUCGCGGCGAGCGCACUGCUGUCCACGCACGUCGCCGGCGCCGGCGGCGCGCUGGUGUGGCUCGCCCUCGAUUGGGGCCACGCAGGCCGCCCGACCUUUGUCGGCUGCAUCAACGGCGCCCUCUCUCGUAAGCUCGCCGGCGUGACGCCCGCUUCGGGCUACGUGACGCCCUCGGCGGGGCUCGUGGUCGGGCUGGAGUAUCUCCGCAUUGACGAUGCGCUCGACGUCACCUCGAUCCACGGCGUGACGGGCGUGGUGGGCUCGCUGCUCCUUGGAGUGUACGCCUCGAGCGAGGUCAAUCCGGCUGGCCCGGACGGCUCGCUCGACCAACUAAGGCUGCAGGCGCUCGGCGUGGCGGUGGCUAUUGCGUGGUCAGGCGCGGGCACGUGGCUCGUGAUGGCCGCCAUCGAGCGCACGCUCGGCAGCGCGCGCACAACCGAGGCGCAGAGCCAAAAGAGUUCGUACCUCGACCUCGCCGCCUUUGUCAAGCACGCAACGCCCACCACCGACGAGCUGUUUGAAGGGGCCGAUCUUGCGCUGGGCGAGGUCUCGCCCGCGAAGCGGAGGAGCGGCCAGAGCCUCUCGGUGCGCCUGGCCGUAGAGAUCGCCGAGGCGGCGAUGGUGUGA